AUGGAGUGGGCGAGGGCUGCCGCUGCUGGCGCCGGCGGCUUGGCACACCUGGGCAGCCUGUGGUACGGCCAGCGCUGUACCUGCCAGGUCGAGCUGGGAGACGGGUUCCCCGUGGACCGCGAGCUGCUGCGCCUGCUGGAGGGGCAGCUGCAGAGGUGCGGGCCCGCCAACCUCACGGUGCCGGCGCCGUGCGCGCCCCCAGAGUGCUCGGGCUAUCCGGGGCUGGUGGUCUUCCUGGUGGCGGUACUGGCCUUUCUGGCAGGGUUCGCCGCUGCUGCCGUCUGCGGCUGGUGGUGCUUGAGGCGCUCGGAGGGUCGCGCUACGUCUGAAGGCUCGGAGACUCCGUACUUGACCGACGGAAGCCUGCCGAUCGGAUGGAACCGUGGGCCCACGCACCUGUUCAGGAACUCGUCCCAGGGUCCGCUGCACCGCGAGGAGAGCUUGCGGCUCCAGGCGGAUGGCGCUGAGCUGGCCUUGCAGGAGUGGCGCGACUUGGGCCUCGCCGCUGCUCCGCCGCUGCCGCCGCCCGCGGGCGCGCCUCCGCCGCUGACGUUGGAGGGCGCGCCGAGCUCGGGCGAAGGAGGGUGGCGGUGCUCGGAGAACCGCGGCGGCGCUCGGCUGGGCGAGCGCGUCGGCGACGCGGAGCUGGAGGCAGCAGAUGCCUACGCCCAGGGAGUGCAGGCGACGGAGCCUCCGUCCAACGAGCUGCGCACCCUCCCGGUGAAGUACGAGACGGCCAGCCAGCGGCAUCGCUCCUACAAGGAGGCCGCCUCGCUGACCACGACGACGGCGUUCGAGGACUGGCCGAUCAGCGGUCCGAGGACGGCGGAGUGGCUGGCGCGGGAGAUCGCUCGGCAGGAGCUGACGCCCGUGCGCCGCCACUUCUGGUGGAGACAGCUGCUGGGCUUGGGCCCCAGCGAUUGGGGCGUCGGGGAGCACGAGGCCUUGAGCCGGCUCUUCGAGUACGCUCUGACGUACGACCAGCUGAACUUCGGCGAGCUGGCGUCGCUGGAGCUUGCAGGCAGGCGCUACCAGCUGCUCGCGGAGAGGCACGCCCGCGCGCUGAUCGCGGCGACGGCGGGUGGCGACAGCGGCCAUCUCGACAACGACAGGCUGUUCAUGGGCGGGGAGGGCCGCCAUGGCCGCGCGCUCGUGGCGCCUGUUCUAGAGCCCUGGAUCUCCCAGAAGCUGUCCGAGGAGAGCUCGGUGCUCAAGGAGCGCCGCAAGGCGAAGGAGGGGCGGCAGCUGGCCCGCUCGGCCGACGUUGCUCCAGGUGUUGGAAGCGGCAAGAACGCGCGGCUGCAGGGCGGCAUCUCGACGCUCAACGUGCUGGGCGGCCGCGGCGAGGAGUGGGGCCCCAAAGUGUUGCCAGGUGCUAUCCAGCGCCAGGCUGUGGCCAGCUUGGCCCGGGCCUACUUUGCCGCGCCGCCGCCGCCCGACGACCUCACCGCCUCGGGAGCGUGGUCUGCGCUUCGGGGCUGCGGUUCCGGCUACGCCGUUGCAGGCGCUGUCGCCGGAGAGUUCGCGACCAACCAGCGCGGCAGGCUUGCCCUGCCAGCGGUCGGUAACCAGGCGAUCGACCUCGUCAGUUGCCUGCCCGACCACUACCAGAAGUUGCUGGAGGAUAGUGGCCGCGCUAUUCGGCUACCAGCAGUGUGUACAAAGGACGCGGCGGCAGAGGCGGACGAGUUGGGCCCUGCGAUGGAUCCCAUCCUGGCGAGGUCGCCCAGCAAGUACGCCGAGUUUUUGAUGUCAGCAUACGAAUCGGGUGUCGUCGAGCCGGCGACUGAGGUUCGCAGUUUUGUGGGAGUCUUCUUUGUGCGUAAGAAGGACGGCUCGUUGCGGAUCAUCUUCGAUCCUCGAAAGACGAAUUCGCAGUUUGUACCUCCAGAUAGUGUUGCUCUGGCUUCUCCUGAGGCCCUGGGUGAUCUUGAGUUACCUGCAGGCCAGCGGUUGUGGGUCAGUGAGGGCGAUGUCGAGAACUGCUACUACCAGUUCUUGCUGCCUGACGACCUGAGGGCCGACUUCGCGUUACCGGCGGUGCCUCGGAAGCUGCUGCCGAGGAUCCUGGGCCGCUUGUUUCCGCCCGGGGGCGACUUCGUUCACUUCCAGGCGCGCGUGGCGCCGAUGGGCUGGAGCUGGGCCGCGGCGCUGGUGCAGGCGGCGAACGCGGAGCUGCUGCGCGCUGGUCCGCGGGGGGCCCGCCGCUGGAUCUGCAAUCGCCGCUGCGCGCCUGCUGUCGCUGGGCGCGAGCCCGCUGCUCUCCUGUGCGUCGACAACUUCGCCUCUCUGGGAACCGUAAAGGAGACAGUCCAGCUCGACGGCGACUCGAUGGAGAGGCAGCUGAGGGGACGCGGUCUGACUACUCACGACAUCUCGGGGCCGCAAGUUGACGUGGGCCUGCUCGAGUUCCACAUCGACGGGGCGGAGGGGGCGAUCCACAUCGCGCCCAAGCUGUUCUGGAGGCUAGUCACGAGUCUGGUGCUCAGCUUGCUCAGUGCAUCCUACGUCUUUGUCAGCAAGUGCCACGCUCGUCGCGUGCGGCUCUGGCCUUCGGUGCGCCGAGAGCUGACCUGGAUGCGAGCGCUGCUGCCACUGGUGUGGGCGGAUCUGCGCGGCGCCUGGGCCCCCAGCGUGAUGGCCGUGGACGCCUCGAUGACUGGCUUGGGCGCGGUGGAGCGCUCCGCGAACCCCCGCGACGUCGGGCGCGUCGGCCGAGUUCGAGAGCGCUGGAGGUUCAAGGAGCACGAGCUGGUUGCCGAAGGCUUGCGUGCACGCGCCUUGCGUGAAGGCGCCGUUGGCGACUCCCCGUUCCCCGACGUGCCGUCGGACUUCUGCAAGGCCGCUUCGUGGAAGACCGUGGCCUCGAGGCGGUGGCGCCAUCGUGCCCCCAUCCACCUUCUGGAGGGCGAGGCGCUGCUGUGGGCCAUGCGGCGGCAGGUGCGGCGAGUGGCGCAUCAUGGGUGCAGGCGGUUCGAGCCUCGCCGUUUGCGGGGCGAUGGGGCGCCGUCGGUUCGUGGCGGCCGCGCCGAGCGCGCAGCCGCUGCCUGCUCCGAGUGCGCCGGCGAGCGGCCAUGGGCGGAAGCGCCGCCUGGGCUCGCCGGGCCGCGCGCGCUCGGGUCAAGCGAGGGCCAGUGCCAGACGCCCCCGGCCCGCUGCCGCGACCCGGAGGUCGACAGCCUUGCCGUGGCACCGCCUGCUGGGCUCGAGCGCGUCAGGACUGGAGCUGGAGGCGGCGAGACGCUUCCCAGCUGGAGCGCGCUGGAGUGGGACGACGCACUGCUGCAGUACCUGAACGACGAGUUCGCGCAGGGAGUGCGGCCGGACAGGGUUGCGAAGCUGUUGUCGGCGGUGCUCUGGGCGCGACCGGCGCUGGGGCGGCACUUGCGGGUGGCGCUGCCGAGGAGCAGCCGGGCGCUGCUGGGCUGGAAGCGCAAGCGGCCUGGCCACUCUCGGCCGCCGCUCCCUUGGCUGGUGCUCUGCGGCGUGCUGGAGAUCCUGCUGCUGAAGCGGGAGGUGGCGAUGGCGUGCGCUCUCUGCCUCAUGUUCCACUGCUACCUUCGUCCCGGGGAGCUCCUGGCGAUGAAGGCGUUUCAGCUGGUGCCGCCGGCUGCAGGGCUGCAGGGCGGGUUUCGCUGGUGGACGCUGCUGCUUCAUCCAGAGGAGCUGCUGGUGCCGAGCAAGACUGGCGAGCUGGACGACUCGCUGCCGCUGGACGCGCCCGAGCUCCAGUGGCUCGCGCCCCGGCUCAGGGAUCUGAUGGCGCGGUUGGGGCCCCGCGAGCCGCUGUGGAGUUUCGGCUACGCGCAGCUGCGCGAGGAGCUCGAGGGCGCGCUGGCGGCGCUGGGACUUCAAAGCCUCGGCGCCACGCUGCACUGCCUACGGCGCGGAGGAGCAAGCCACGAUCGAAUCGUGGGAAGGAGGUCGCUCGAGGAGGUGGCCAAGAGAGGCAGGUGGCGAGCUCGCCUGUCCGCGCGGAGGCACGAGUAGCACGGCCGCCUGGCGCUGCAAGUGGCGAAGGUGCCGCCCGUGGUGCAGGGGCGGCUGCGACUCAGCAUGCAGAGGCUGCCGCAGCUGUUCGCCAACUGCUCAACGCGACGCUCCACAGAGUGCGCCUGGGGCGAGAGAGGGUCGCCGUCGAGGUCUUCGCUGGGUUGGGCCGCCUCGCCUCGGCGCUUCGUGCCAGAGGAAUCCCCACGGUCGAGUGGGACAUCAUUCGAGGGGCGCAGUUUGAUCUCACCAAGGCGUCCAGUGUCGAAGCUCUAAAAGGAUGGAUUCUCGGUGGUGAGGUGAGCAUCUUGUGGUUAGGAACCCCGUGCACUUCCUUCUCGUUGGCCCGUGGGUGCACCAAGUCUGGUCCAGGGCCUUUGAGGUCCAGGGAGUUUCCUCUUGGCUGCCCGACCUCUCAGCAGGUCCCGUUCAAAUGCGAGUGCAGGUGGGCAACCGUUUGAUGCCUGUCUCUGUUGUCCUUGCUAAGCCAGCUCACACUAGAGGGAUCCCUGGAGGGUUCGAGAAUCCCGCUUUUUCUCGUCUUUGGCUGUGUCCGCCUGUGCUAGGUCUCGGUAGGCUCCCCAAUGUUCACGAUGUUUUCACUGACUUUUGUAUGUGGGGUGAGCCGUGGCGUAAACGAACACGGCUUCGCCCCUGGCACGUUUCUUCGGAGCUUCUUGGG